UAAAUCAUGGGACGGCGGUCCGAGCAGUGAGCCAGCCAGGCUGAGGACAGGGACAAAGCUUGAGUCACUUCCAGCCGCGUUAUCACCACCUUCACCACUGUCAGCUCACCAGCAACAGCGUGCACGUUUGUCGGGUCGGUGAGCGGCGACGUCGGGCUGACUCGGGAUCAGCCCAUGCAGGAGGAUGGAGAUAGAGAAGAGGACGAAUGGGUUCGACUACCCGGAGAGAAACAACGCCAAGUCCGUUAACGGCUUUUACAGUGACCAUCCACUGGAGUCUGAACAGACCGACAGCAUGGAUGCAGUCAAUGAAAGUAAUCUAGAUGAUCCAGCUGACCAGCGUACUUGCCUUAUCUGUGGAGAUCGUGCCACAGGCCUACACUAUGGAAUCAUCUCCUGUGAGGGCUGCAAGGGCUUCUUCAAGCGCAGCAUCUGUAACAAGCGUGUGUACCGCUGCAGUCGCGACAAGAACUGCGAGAUGUCGCGCAAGCAGCGCAACCGCUGCCAGUACUGCCGCCUGCUCAAGUGUCUGCAAAUGGGGAUGAACCGCAAAGCAAUCAGGGAGGAUGGCAUGCCAGGAGGAAGGAACAAAAGCAUCGGGCCCGUACAGAUCACAGAGGAGGAGAUAGAGCGGAUCAUGUCGGGGCAGGAGUUCAAGGAGGAAGCCCCGGAGCACACUUGGGGCAACAACGGUGAUAGCGACCACAGCUCUCCAAGCAACGGAGCCUCUGAGGGCAACCAGCCGUCACCUGCCUCCACUCUGUCAUCCAAUCGCUCUGUGGAAAUGAAUGGCUACACGGCAGCUCUCAGGGACCAGUACAUCAACACCUCUAUGUCAACACACUACCAGCUCCUGCCUCACCUGUUCAGCUACGCCGCCCAGUCUGGCCUGCUGGCCCCCCAGCCCCGCAGCCUCUACCCGCAGUCCCACCCACUGGUGCUGCAGCUGGUGGCUGCUGAGGACCUGGCCCCCCUGGCAACUCCUAUGCUCAUAGAAGAUGGGUACAAAGUGACGCAGGUGGAGCUGUUUGCCCUGCUGUGUCGCCUGGCGGAUGAGCUGCUCUUCCGUCAGAUCUCCUGGAUCAAGAAGCUACCAUUCUUCUGUGAGCUCUCCAUUGAGGACUACACCUGCCUGCUCAGCUCCACCUGGCAGGAGCUCAUCCUGCUCUCCUGCCUCACCAUCUACAGUGCCCAGAUCUUCGGAGACCUGGCUGAUGUCACCGCCAAGUACACACCGUCUGACGAUGAGCUGCAGGGCUUCAGCGAGGAUGGCAUGGAAGUGAUGGAGAGGUUGAUAUAUCUGUUUCGCAAAUUCCACCAGUUGAAGAUCAGUAAUGAGGAGUAUGCCUGUAUGAAAGCCAUCAACUUCCUCAACCAAGAUAUCAGAGGACUGUCCAACAUUUCUCAGCUCGAGCAGCUCAACAAGCGCUACUGGUAUGUGUGUCAGGACUACACUGAGUAUAAGUACCCGCACCAGCCCAAACGCUUCCCUGAGAUCAUGAUGUGUCUCCCGGAGAUCCGCUGCAUCGCAGGGAAGCUGGUGAAUGUCCCUUUGGAGCAGCUCCCCCUCUUGUUCAAAGCAGUCUUGCACUCCUGCAAAUCCAGCCUGACCAGCUACAGGACCGGCCCGUCGCCCUGUGUGACCACCUCCUCCGGAAACUAGACGCCCCUGACCCCCCAAGUCAAGGGCCGGGUCUCCCGUCUUGUGAAUGUGACAAGCAGCUAGUUUGUUUUUUGUAACUUUUUUCUUUAUAUAUUUAUUACACGACAGAGCUGAAUGUAUGCUGAUUUACACUGUGCACAUGCUUCUGUACAAAACAAAUGCUCGUAGAUGCAUUGGUCUUUGCAGUUUACAAGUGUGUAACCAGUUUGCUCAAUGUGUCAGUGUUGCUAUCGUUAGAGCUAGACUUUAAAAGAGUUUAUUUUAUUCAGAUGGGGGCGGAUAGACACAUGUGACAAGUGUUUUGAGACUACCUCAGGAAAAUGUUGUUGCUGUUUUCAGGUACCUUUUCUUUCUGUUAAGUGAAGAGUUGCCCAGUCUAAAUCCAAAUCCCUGUGGAUGCUUUGGCAUCUCAAUCAGACACUAAAUGUUCAGAGGAGCUGCAUAAAUCAAAGAUUGAAUAACAGUGUUUUGUUACACUGAGAAUGCAAAAGUAAUUAACAAAAUUGAGCUACUUUAUCUGCAUAGACUCUCAGACAUCCUGCUUAUGGGAGGCGGUCUUGUCAAUUUAACAUUCCAUAGGUUAAGGUGACAGUUGUUGGAUCUGUGGGAUCUUCGCUGAAAAAGAAGCAUACGGGUAUUUUUUACAAUCAUAGACUGGGGAUAUAAGGCUUUAUUGCAGGGGAAGGGGUGGAUAGCUAGGUUUGCUGUUUUUAGUUUUAUUGUUUUUCUUUUUUGACCAAAGUGUUAUGCAAUGCUUUUUUCAAACACCCAUUGAUGGGUAGGGAGCUGAUAGUUCCACAAAAAAGGUUUCUUAUCAAUGAAGGAUCAGGAUAAGAAAUGAAUCAAUCUGUGUUAGAGAGGAGAACCCUCUACUGGACGGACCAGUAUGUUGCCGGAUUUUACUCUAAAUGCUGCUAAACAUGCACUCAUUUUUGUGCACACAUACAGUAUAUGCAUAGAGCAGAUGUGAUUGCCAGUCUUUGUUUUCCCUCUGCUUCUUGUCAGAUGGCUCUGCUGCCUUCAGUGCCAGGAACUUGAUGCAUUGUAGCCCGCUCUCAACACACAAUCACUUCAGUUUCACAUCCACCGUACUGUCUACAUUUCUUCAAUUUAUUCAGAACAAACCAAAAACCAGAAAGAUGACACUUGGAGUUUUGAACGGCAAGUUGUCCUCAUUGGUCAAAAGAAUGUUUACCUGACCUACUAGAACCAAACUGACAAUAGCUGCAUCCAAGUCUGAACAGGAGCCGAAUAAACCCGAGACGACAUUAAGUGCUAAACACUCAUACCCAUUUCCACCAAUUAAUCUCUGGUUCUUGAACUGGUUCCAUUCAGGGUUCCUGGAACCUUGGUGCUUUGUAGUGAACCAGCCUGUGUUUUCACCUGUUUUGAUCAGAACUAUUGUAAUCAAGGGUGCAUCAUCAAGAUAGGGCAUUGCACAAUGCACAACAGUAGUAAACAGUAGUAGAGAGUAGUGGAUUGGUAGUAGCGAGAUGGCAGAUUGCAUUGAUUACCUGCAACCUCUUGUUCUCUUGUGACAGAUACUUGUUUUUAAUUAAAAAACAAGCAUGGGGUGUUAGUAAUGAACACAGUAAUGCACAUUUUUUCCCAAUGAUUUCUCACUUGUCUCUAUUGUUGCCCUCUCCAUCCUCUUUGUCCAACCUGUAGAAUAUGACACGCUCACUGAUGUCGUCACGGUUCGCACUAUAGCUUAAGAAAAACCUGCUAUUUAUUGGUUCCAGCUGGGAAUCAAUUUUUCAGGUUCUGAACCAAUUUAUUUUUGAUCGAAAUGCUCCUACUUGUUCAGAAUUAGGUGCAGGAACUGGAACGGAAUCUGUUCCAUGUUGGUGCAAAAGAUGUAUCAGUGUUUGCUGAUACAUCUUUUGCACCAACAUGGUACAGAUGUAUCAGUGUUUGCUGCCUCCAGUUCAUUUAAAGCUGGUGUAGAGUGCUAGUUUCUGUCAAGGCUCAUUUAUACUCCCUUUACGUACGAAAAUAGAUUAGUCCGUUUUGAACGUUGUAGACGCCACUUCUUUCAUACUUCCGUCCAUCUUUUAUGAUGGCAUAGACACAGUCAAUGGAUGGUACUAGAGGGCGGAGUCAAAAGUUUCACACAACAAACAACGAUGCGACGAUGGAGGAGGUCGUAAUAUUGUACCUAUAAACAGAGGCAGACUUGUAGACGGUGAUGGUCUGUACAACCAUAUGACGUUACAUUCCAGUAUGUGGAUGGAGAAUUGUUUUCACUAUAUUACCACUUGAACUUCGCUACACUGCCUCCACAAUCUCUGGUGGUACUGCACUGUUUAAUCCAUAUCUGCAAGCUUUCAGGAAGCGUGCUCAAAUACGGACAAAAUAAACACAAAGUACAGACAGAACGCUCCAUCUGUCUCUGUAUCUAAUGUUGAGCGUAAUAGAGCCCUUAGCUAAUCCACCUUCCAACUGGUUGGGAAAACCCCAGAUUAAAAGCCGAUUGGUCUAUUCAAAAGUGUCAUUGGCUAGCUCAUACCGGUUUUAGAGGAACUGAUUUCAGGUCUUGAUAGGUUCAAUCAAAAUUUUGCACAGACCAAAGACCAGUUGUAGUUUAAGUCAGACCUGACCCAGAUCCAAGGGGAACUGGAAAGCGUGGACCUGAAACUUAGUUCAAAUCUGGUCCUCUGGAUUUUUUUACUGGGUAAGGCUUGCCAGAAGACUAACCAACAAAAUCUCUUUUAUGAUCUGGCUUAUACAAAGUUUGCAGAUUAUCACUUUAAGGGAUAGAUUCAGUGUGAUUGAUACGGUCAUGUCUCAGUGUAUCCAGGCUAGAUUUAGAGAAUUUAGGUGACUUAUGUCAGGCUUGCGUACCCUCUGUGACAGAUAUGCACAUUGUUUAAAAAAAAGCCAUAAAAAAUGGUCUUUAUUUUUUAAGUACGAGAUGAUAAUUUCAGACCGCUUGAAGUGUCCUCAAGUUGUUUUUUGCCGUUUCCUGAUGUACGAACAAUUUGAAAUGCAGACAAAAUGCAGUUCUCGCAACAACUCUCUUUUUUUGCACACAAUGGUGAGGUUAGGAGACCUUGAGCCUUGACCUCGGCCACUGCCCACCUAGUGUGUUCCUCUUUCUCAGGUCCCUGCUGACCUGAAUCUUAACAGGGUAAAGUGAGUGUUAUGUAUUGCAUUCAAGAGUUCCUCAGUGAUCAUGCUGAUGUACUUGUAGUAUUAGUAGACGUAGGUUGCAGGACGUUGUAGGUCCUCUGUAGGAAGGUGUUUUUCUUUUUCCACUUUAUUUCCCUCAAGGUCCCCACCUCCAUCACCCUUCAUUCAGUGAAAGUGGAUGUAGUUUGAAGGUGAGACAUGCAGGGGGGAUUUUCUCUUGGCAUUGGUGAUGGACAGAGCUAGAGGCAAUGGCACGUUCAGAAUAACGUGGCUUCUCUCUCCUGUUUCCAUCCACUUCUCUGUGUGCAGCCUUAACAACACCACCAGUCCAAUGCAGUUUUCUUCUUUCUAAUGUUUCAGUUAGCCUAUUUUCAUCUUUUGAUUUUUAUACAUUUUCAUGUACCUUUGUAGUUAUGAUGUGAAUGUUUGGGUUUUUUGUUGUUUUUCACAUAUUCAUU